AUGCCCCAUCGCCCAACAAAGGAGGAACUGCUGGCUGCGGCGAAUGGUUUUUGGGAACGCUUAAGGGUGCGCUUCAAAUGGAUGUCCAUCAGAAGUAUGAGACCAUGGAACGUGGACGAAUGGGGAGCAUUCGUCUCCUGGUUCUUAUUUGGCCAUAUUGUUUGGAUCUUGGUUGGAACUACGACUUUUUUUUCCCUUCUUAUCCUUUCCAUCAAUACCGUCUUUGCGCAAGAAACCCUCGCCAAAUGGGUCGGAGACUACUUGACUCAGUCCGCAGGCGUCACCGUUGUAUUCGAAUCCGCCAUUGUUCCGAAAUGGGGGGACGGUGUGAUUGCAUUUCGCAAUGUAUUCGUGUCUCGUCGCCCAGGGCAGGUCAAGUCGUCCGUUAGCAAGGGCUCAUAUAAUGCUGCUGCGGCGGCGGCGGCUGGCCGUCAAGCACAGCUUACCGCUUUUGAUGAUACAGAGGACGAUGGCAACUACACGCAAUUUGACGUGACUAUUGCAAACGUCAAUGUGACCCUCUCCUUUCUAAACUGGUGGAAUGGAAAAGGUCUGCUGAAAGACGUCGAAGUUAAUGGCGUCCGAGGUGUGGUCGAUCGUACGAACGUGCAAUGGCCACUUGUACCUCUAGACCCUUACUCAUAUAGACAUGAGCAUCAAGCAGGUGACUUCGAGAUUGAAUCAUUCAAGCUUGAAGAUUUACUAGUCACCAUCCAUCAACCAAACGGGUUCCGGCCAUUUUCUGUGAGCAUAUACUCAUGCGAGUUGCCACAGCUACGGAAACAGUGGCUCUUUUAUGAUUUUUUGGCUGCGACACACGUUUCUGGAUCCUUUGACGGGUCUCUGUUCACAAUACACCCCCGCCAAGUGCACGGCAUUCCAUCCAAUCAUUAUCAAGGAGGGCCUUUAGACGCUGGCGAAACCAAGGCCUGGAAGAAGUCGAGUCGCCUCAGGAUCGAUGGGCUCAAAAUCGACCAUCUAAACCGUGGCGUGGAGGGUCCCUUUGGGUGGAUUUACGAAGGCGAUGUCGACAUUGUCGCCGAUGUGAUGUUUCCCGCGGACAACGAUGAGAGUCUCACUAAGGUCAUGGCUGAUUUCUACGAUCAACUAGAAGAAGUCGUUGUUGCCAACAGAAAUCGGUUCCUUCGCAAUGCAAUUGAGGACGAGGACCCCCAGCCUCUAAUGGUCCAGUCCGGUCACAUUUCAGAAGCUGCUACGGCGCCGCCGUCGCCGCCUGAAGAAGAACACAAAGCAGUGGUUUCUACUUCUGGCGACGAAGACCGACGCUUUUUUAUCAUGGAUCUCCGGAUCCAUCUAAACGACGUUAAAGCCGCGAUGCCCUUGUUCACUAAGGACAUGUCCUACGUCAACCAGGCGCUGAUUCGCCCCAUUGUCGCCUACAUCAACGCCAAAAAGACAUACAUUCCCAUCUCGUGCCGGAUCGUCAAGCGCGUCAGUGAGUUUGACGGCUCCUGGACCUUGUUUGACUGCGGUCUAAUGGACGACGCGUCGGCCGAGACGUAUGAGGCCUUUGCACAGGACAUUGAAGACCGGCAAUCGCGCGUCCGCCGCUUCAAAAAGGUUGGCUUCUGGACCCUGUCCCUUGCCGUCCAUGCUCUAUUCAUGGGCAUGGCAGGCAAUGUAGUCUAA